CCGCCGCUGGCUUUCCGUAGUCGCUCUCUGUGCAGCUGCUUCUUUCCUCCCGGGGCUCGUCCAUUUCCGGUCUCAUAUUCCAUCCAGAAUCCGCUACUGAGCUCACUGGACCGGUGAUUUGAAGAAGAGACAGAGUGAGCCAUGACCGACUCAAAGUAUUUCACCACCAACAAGAAAGGAGAGAUCUUCGAGUUGAAGGCAGAGUUGAACAAUGAAAAGAAGGAAAAACGCAAGGAGGCUGUGAAAAAGGUUAUCGCAGCCAUGACCGUGGGCAAAGAUGUCAGCUCCCUGUUUCCAGAUGUGGUGAACUGCAUGCAAACAGACAACUUGGAACUGAAGAAGCUUGUAUACCUGUACCUGAUGAACUAUGCCAAGAGCCAACCAGACAUGGCUAUUAUGGCUGUGAAUAGCUUUGUGAAGGAUUGUGAGGACCCCAACCCUCUAAUCCGUGCCUUAGCUGUGCGCACCAUGGGCUGUAUCCGCGUAGAUAAAAUUACGGAAUACCUCUGUGAACCACUUCGAAAGUGCUUGAAAGAUGAGGACCCAUAUGUGCGCAAGACCGCCGCUGUAUGCGUAGCCAAACUCCAUGACAUCAAUGCGCAGAUGGUGGAAGAUCAGGGUUUCCUUGACUCACUGCGAGAUUUGAUUGCAGACUCCAACCCAAUGGUCGUUGCCAAUGCUGUGGCAGCUCUGUCUGAGAUCAGCGAGUCUCACCCAAACAGUAACCUACUGGACCUAAAUCCCCAGAAUAUUAAUAAACUGCUGACUGCUCUCAACGAAUGUACGGAGUGGGGACAGAUAUUCAUCUUGGACUGCCUGUCUAAUUACAAUCCCAAGGAUGAAAGGGAGGCACAGAGCAUUUGUGAACGGGUCACUCCUCGGCUGUCCCAUGCCAACUCUGCUGUGGUCCUGUCGGCUGUAAAGGUUUUAAUGAAAUUCCUGGAGCUGCUGCCUAAAGAUUCUGAUUAUUACACCAUGCUGCUAAAGAAACUGGCACCUCCACUUGUCACCCUUCUUUCUGGAGAACCAGAGGUGCAGUACGUAGCUCUGAGGAACAUAAACCUCAUUGUCCAAAAACGACCUGAAAUUUUGAAACAAGAAAUCAAAGUAUUCUUUGUCAAAUACAAUGAUCCCAUUUAUGUAAAGUUGGAGAAAUUGGAUAUUAUGAUACGCUUAGCAUCUCAAGCAAAUAUUGCUCAGGUGUUGGCAGAGCUGAAGGAAUACGCCACCGAGGUGGAUGUGGAUUUUGUCCGCAAGGCUGUCCGUGCCAUAGGCCGCUGCGCCAUCAAAGUUGAACAAUCUGCAGAGCGUUGUGUGAGCACCCUGCUUGAUCUCAUACAGACUAAAGUCAACUAUGUUGUGCAGGAAGCCAUUGUCGUCAUCAGAGACAUCUUCCGAAAAUACCCUAACAAGUAUGAGAGCAUCAUAGCCACACUGUGUGAGAAUCUGGACUCCUUAGAUGAGCCAGAUGCUCGCGCCGCCAUGAUCUGGAUUGUUGGAGAAUACGCAGAACGCAUUGACAAUGCAGAUGAACUCUUAGAGAGUUUCUUGGAGGGGUUCCACGAUGAGAGCACACAGGUGCAGCUUACUCUUCUUACUGCUAUUGUUAAACUGUUCCUGAAGAAGCCCUCUGAGACCCAAGAGCUGGUGCAACAGGUUCUGAGCUUGGCUACACAGGAUUCUGAUAACCCAGACCUGCGUGACCGUGGUUACAUUUAUUGGCGCCUGCUUUCCACCGACCCAGUAACUGCCAAAGAGGUGGUGCUAUCAGAGAAGCCACUGAUCUCUGAGGAGACAGACCUUAUUGAACCCACUCUGCUGGAUGAAUUGAUUUGCCACAUUGGCUCUUUGGCAUCUGUCUACCACAAGCCCCCUAAUGCCUUUGUUGAAGGAAGCCAUGGAGUUCAUCGCAAGCACCUGCCUAUCCAACAUGGAAGCAUUGAUAUUGGAGACAGCCCGGUUGGACCUGCUCCAUCUGCUGCCCUUGAACAGCCUCAAGUCAUUCCCUCACAAGGAGACCUUCUUGGUGAUCUUCUUAAUCUAGAUCUGGGACCUCCAGGGAAUGUGCCACAAGUGUCCACUAUGCAGAUGGGAGCUGUAGACCUUCUAGGAGGUGGCCUAGACAGUCUGAUGGGAGAGGAUACGCAAUGGCUGGGAAGUGACCUUGGUGGAGGCAUUGGUGGAAGUCCAGCGGUUGGCCAAACCUUUAUUCCAUCCUCUGUUCCUGCAACAUUUGCUCCAUCCCCUACUCCAGCCGUGGUCAGCAGUGGCCUGAAUGACUUGUUCGAGCUGUCCACAGGAAUUGGAAUGGCCCCAGGAGGAUUUGUUGCGUCAAAGGCUGUCUGGCUCCCAGCUGUGAAAGCCAAAGGACUUGAGAUCUCUGGUACCUUCUCCCAUAGGCAGGGACAUAUCUACAUGGACAUGAACUUCACCAACAAGGCCCUGCAGCACAUGACUGACUUUGCUAUUCAGUUUAACAAGAACAGCUUUGGAGUCAUUCCCAGUGCCCCCCUGGUUAUCCACACACCCCUCAUGCCAAACCAAAGCAUUGAUAUUUCUCUUCCUCUAAACACUCUUGGGCCUGUGAUGAAAAUGGAACCACUCAACAACCUUCAGGUGGCUGUGAAAAACAACAUUGAUGUCUUCUACUUCAGCUGUCUCAUACCUCUCCACGUGCUGUUUGUUGAGGAUGGAAAAAUGGAACGACAAGUCUUCCUGGCCACAUGGAAGGACAUCCCCAAUGAGAAUGAGCUACAGUUCCAGAUUAAAGAGUGCCACUUGAAUGCAGACUCUGUUUCUAGCAAGCUGCAAAAUAGCAAUGUUUACACCAUUGCCAAGCGAAACGUUGAAGGCCAAGACAUGCUUUACCAGUCCCUGAAGCUUACCAAUGGCAUCUGGAUCUUGGCUGAGCUGAGAAUCCAGCCUGGGAACCCUAAUUACACGUUGUCUCUGAAAUGCCGUGCUCCAGAGGUGUGCAAUUACGUGUACCAGGUCUAUGACUCCAUCCUGAAGAACUAAACAAGAACAUUCAUUGUCUGACUCAUUAUCUAGAUGUGCAUUAUCCAUUUUCCAUGUAAAAUGUCUCAAUUGUAUCACUGUAUCCUUUCUUCCUACUGGAUGAUCCAUUAAACUGUUUGGAAGUUCUGAGUUAGAGCAGUGUUAACCACCAGUCUCUUGGCUUCUCGAAUGGAUGGUGUUUGCUCUUAUAAAGGUUUCCAACUCCCCAAGGAAAUGUGGUGCCAGUAAAUGCCAAAAGGUAUUGGCCCCUUGCAGAUGCUGGGUUGUGUAUUGAAGUCUAAUACUUCCCGAUUUAGUCCUCCUUUACUUACAACAUAGUGGAUACAUAUUGCAUUACAUUUCAUUGUAUAGAUGUUCUGAGACCAAGAUAGAUUAUAGUAUAGCACAUGUAGGAACCAAAGUGAUUACAGUCCCUCAUUUGGAAGCCAUGCAUGAAAAUUGCAUUUGCCCCAACACAUUUCACUUGCAAAAGAGUAAACAUGUAGAAGCACUUAAGUUUAAUUUUACUGAUCUUUUAUGCAAGUGCCCUAGAUUAUUGUAUGAUGGGUUACCUAGUUAAUAGUGUGAUCAUCUUCUUGUGAUUGGUGAAGUUAAGUCCCAUUUCACAUUGGGUUAUUGUCACUUGUGUAUCAGCAUUGUUCCCUUUAUACAUUCACUGCUCCUCUUGACUUGUCCACAUAUUGACAUUCCAUACUUUUUUUUUUUUUUUUUGUAUGUGUUUUCCAAGCUGGAAGAAGAUAUUUGUUGUGUACUGUAAAAUCCAAUUUCCUACAUUGCAUUGAAAACAUAAAGCAUCAAUUAAACAAGUAAAAUGUAUUUCAGAUUUA